CCGGCAUCGCUGGAAUUGACUUACCACUCCCACAUCAUUCUCCGCAACAGCCCCACCAUCAAUAUUUGUGGCAUUGAGACCGUUCUUAAUCCACCAGCGUGUGGUUUUAGUUGAGUUGAAAUCACAAGUGCUACAUUAUUUAUUUAGUUCUACCUAAUCCAAGUAUUAUGGCUAAGAAGCCAUUCUCGAUUGAUGAUGCCUUCGAUGAAAAUCUCGACGACGUCGUCGUACGCGUCUACGGCAGCACAACUGUCGACAAAUCAGCCUUCAGUUCGCGAAAUAAUAGCGGUGUGAAACCUAUUCCCAGUGAAGGUGUCGAAAACCAAGUUACGAAUAUCACCACAGUUUCUCAUGGCUCCCAUCCACACCACACACCUGUAUUAUUGAGCAUCCGAACAGGAAUUAUGCAGGAUGAUACUGCAUCCAAAGACAGUGAUUCUCUCAUCCAUGAAAGCUACCAAUACUCACCAUCAUAUUUCGAUCCUGACAGAAUUUGGUGGAAACACCCUCGUGUUAAAGAGAAUUGGAAAGUUGUAGCGACUGCUUUUGCUCUUGUCAUUAUUGGUUUGGGUUUAUUGGUCACAGGGAUAACUGUGUUGAUAAUUCCAUCUGGAGGAGUUCAAGGCUUAGUCUUCCUUAUCAUAGGAGUUAUAUGUUUUAUUCCAGGAGCCUAUCAUAUUGUCUACAUUUAUCUUGCCGUGAAAGGGAGGAAAGGAUACAACUUCUAUCAUUUACCUCUCUUUAAUUAAGCCCUUCAAAGCCCGGUUAUGAAAUAUCCCAGACGCUGCCCAGCGUGCCAUAUUGGGGUGUUACGUAUUUUGCUCGACACUCAUCAUCGGCAGAGUUAGCUUUUUGUAACCGUGUACAGUGAUUCAUCGCUUCCUCUUUCAUAACUCUCUAAGUUUUUUUGCUCAACAUUUGGUUGUACAUAUUGAACCUCAGCUCGGUUUUCGUUUAUUUGCAUUUUUUUUUUUUGCUCUCCGAAAACUUGGACCACUUCACUCUUGCGUUGAUUUUGACUCACUAGGACAUUUUCACUCUCAGAUGAAUCUCGUUUUUAUAUUUGGACGUUGUGUUUCUGCUUGAGCAGAUUGUACAGAGUAUGCAAAUACAACGAAAGCAAUUC